AUGAGGCUAUAUGUAUACGCUUAUCAGAGUAGUACCUCCUAUCAUGUUAUACCAACCCAUACUCAGCAUGCCAGGCCAUCUGGCCUACUCACCUACGAGCAUGAAUUGAGAAUAGUUGUUGGACUGAGUAUGAAGGCUAGAGGCGAUGAAAUAAGCGCCCGCUAUACCCUUUUAAUAGCUUAUAUCCAGAUGAUGGCACCUUAA